UGGCAAUCGUUUUGUUUUUGUUUGCAAGGAAAGAAACGCAGGUGGGUCACAACAACAAGAAGAAGAAAGGCCGGUUCUCUUUUUCUGAGAAAAAUCAUCAUUCACCAGAAGCUUGUUUUCUCCCACUUUCUCUCUCUACAAACCCAUAUAUAAUUAUACAUAUAUAUAUACACGCAUAUAUUUAUAAACAUCAAGAAACUGCUCAUACAAAUAGAGAGAAAAAAAUAAGAUCUUCGCCAUCUGAAUCUUUAUGGAACCGCUAGUCAACUUCAUAAUUCGGCCCCCCAGAGCUGAAUACGACCCUAAAAAUGAUUUGUUGGACCAAGAGUUCAUGCUUAAAGGAAAAUGGUUCCACAGGAAGGAUUUGGAGGUUGUAAACAGUCGGGGAGAUGUUCUUCAAUGUAGUCAUUACAUGCCUAUUGUUAGUCCCGAUGGAAAGGCUCUGCCCUGCGUGAUAUACUGCCAUGGAAACAGUGGGUGCAGGGCAGACGCCAGUGAAGCUGCAAUAAUAUUAUUGCCUUCAAACAUUACUGUUUUCACCGUUGAUUUUUCAGGAUCUGGACUCUCUGGUGGGGAACAUGUUACACUAGGGUGGAACGAAAAGGAUGAUCUGAGAGCUGUGGUUGAUUAUCUGAGAGAAGAUGGAAAUGUUUCUCUAAUUGGUUUGUGGGGCCGUUCAAUGGGUGCUGUAACUAGGAAUUCCAUUUGUUCAUUCAUUGAUGCAAGGUGUCUUGGGAGCCUAUUGUAUGGAGCUGAGGAUCCAUCAAUUGCAGGAAUGGUUCUUGACAGCCCUUUCUCCGAUUUGGUUGAUUUGAUGAUGGAACUUGUGGAUACCUACAAAAUCCGUCUGCCCAAGUUCACUGUGAAGUUUGCAAUCCAAUACAUGCGGAGAGCUAUUACAAAGAAGGCAAAAUUUGACAUAAUGGACCUGAAUGCCAUUAAGGUGGCAAAGACUUGCUUCGUUCCAGUUUUAUUCGGACACGCCGUUGAUGACGAUUUUAUACAACCACAUCACUCAGAUCGUAUAUUUGACGCUUAUGUGGGGGACAAGAAUAUCAUCAAAUUUGAGGGAGAUCAUAAUUCUCCCCGCCCACAAUUCUAUUUUGAUUCUAUAAACAUAUUUUUUCACAAUGUUCUACAACCUCCAGAAGAUGAAGUGGGAGAAACAUUUUUUGAGACAACGCAUGAUUAUUUUCGCAAGGGUAAUUGGAGUGCCAUGCAUGAAGGAGGAAGUGCAGACCAUGUUAUUUUGGCUGCACCCACAGAUCCCACAGCAAACAGCACAGAAGAUGCCAUUAAUCAGCUUCGCUCCAAAAGACCUAUGAGUCGAACAGAGGUUCCUUCUGAUAUCUCAUCCAAAGACAAACAAUCUGAAUCCAAGGAAGAAGAAUCUGGAGCUAAGCCUAUCACAUCAUCUUCUAAAAUGAUUAGCUUUGAAUUUUCUAAUGGUCAUCCCUUUGGCCCUCAUGUUCCAACCUCAAUAGAUGAUGAUGAUUAUGUAGAAUAUCCAUUAGAUAAUUUGGCAGAUGUCCCAUGCAAUAUGGAGGAAGAAGAAAGGAUGUUCAUGGAAGCAGUAAUAGAGUCAUUAAAAGACUUGGAGAUGAGACACCCUAGUGUCGAAGAACAGCCAUCCAGCACUAGCAAUGAUACAACCAAGCCUUCGCAGAAAGAAAACAGUGAAAAUUCCUCCCUCACAGAACAUAAAAUGCCUGCAAAGAUAGAAAGCACCACUGUACCAUCAGGCAACCCUGAUUUGGCAUCCCAACAGUCUCCUGAAUCGGUCAGACCUGCACCUGGUACCAUUCCAUCAUUUGUUGAAUCAGGAAGCACAGGUGCUUCUGUUCAUAGUGAUACUUCAGUUGGGAUGCAAAGUGCUUCAGACACCGAUUUGGACGAUCACACGAAAGCGACUCUAACUGUUGUAAAGAACCCAACAAAUAACAUCCUGGAUGGUUUAGCCCGGCGUUGGGAUUUCAACUUCUUCCGAAACAGUCGAUGAGAUUGAUUUUGAGGUUCAGAUGAUAUGAAAGUGUAUUGUUUCAUAGUAACAAAGAAAAUGCCAGGAAUUGUAGUGUUGGGAUAUAGUUUACCAGAAAAAGAAAGAAAGAAAAGGAAUUUAUGUAAAUGUGUGUUCUUUGUGGAGGUGGUUUUGUUGCCUCUCAUUUAUAUUAAAUUGUCUCUCAUUGUUGAGACAAAGGGUGGAGAAGGGAGGGGCUGACUGACUGGUUUAAUUGGUGGGCCUUAUUUGAGACUAGAAGGAUAAGGGUAGUUGUUUUCUCCAAUUUUUAGUGAAAUGACUUGAUGGUGUUAAUAUGAUUAAAUUUUUUUUUUUCUCCUUUUUAUUUUUUAUUUUGUGUAGAUUAUGUGCAAGCUAUGACAAUCUGUUAUUAAUAUGCCAAUUUUUCUGCCAUUAUGAUGAUGGACUUUAAUUUUCUUCUAUUUGCCA